CGCCAUCUCCCUAAACAGUUUCAACCUGAUCUUUUGAUCUCGAAACCAAGUUACUCUUUAAAGAACAAACUCAAUUCUUCACACAUCUCAAAAUGACUGGACGCGGAAAAGGUGGCAAGGGUCUUGGAAAGGGUGGUGCCAAGCGUCACAGAAAGAUUCUUCGUGACAACAUUCAAGGAAUCACAAAGCCUGCUAUCCGUCGUCUUGCCCGCCGUGGCGGUGUCAAGCGUAUCUCAGCCAUGAUCUAUGAAGAGACUCGAUCUGUCCUGAAGACCUUCCUCGAGGGAGUCAUUCGCGAUGCCGUCACAUACACUGAGCACGCCAAGAGAAAGACCGUCACAUCUUUGGACGUUGUUUAUGCCUUGAAACGUCAAGGACGCACUCUCUAUGGUUUCGGUGGUUAAACGCUUCCUUUUCUUACGACAAUGACUGGGGCUUUUGUGGUGUUCUUCGCUUUUCUUUAACGGGCAUAUUACUGGGUUUCUACUUUAUUCUUUGGGAGGUCGGAAGGUCGAGGAGUCAUGUGUAUCAUAAUGUGUCUUCCGUUCAUGUAACUGGUGAAUUUUCACCUGGAGUCUACAGCUCCGCUGACAAAUGAUUCUGUCAAAGCACAGUUUUUUUCUUAAAAAAAAAAAGAAUAUGAUAUGCUUUGAAAUUC